AUGGCGUCCAAACGAAAACAUCUAACUUUAACAGAAAAAAUCAAAUUGUUAGAUUUUUACCAAAAAGAAAAUGUGAGUGCACGUACUCUUGCAGAUAAAUUUGGAAUAGGAAGAACUCAAGCCACCGACUUAAUAAAAAACAGAGAAACGAUUUUAAAAUUAUGGAAAUCCCACGGUAAUGAUCAAAUGAAAACUACAAAACGUCGUAAAACCGAAUCAGGCAAUAUCAACGAAGUUGUAUACGAAUGGUUUUGUGCAGCCCGUGCUAAAAAUAUUCCAAUCAGUGGACCAAUACUUAAAGAAAAGGCUUUACAAGUAAGUAAAGAAUUUGAAUGUGAAAAUUUUAAAGCGUCAAAUGAUAAUUUCAUUAGAGCUAAACAAAAAUUAAAGAUGGCUGAAGUAAUGUCAACUUCUGAAGAUUUAAAAUCAGAAAGUGAUGCUCAACAAAGCAAAUUUAAAUGUCGUAUGYUUGCAAAAAAACCACUCCAUGAUAACACACCCACGUAA